AUGUCUCUAGCGCAGGGCUCGCCCCGACUACCGAGUCCACCACCUCCCGCCGAAAUUCAGAUCGGUCCUAAGUCGCCAGGGCUGGGAACCACCGCCAGCCGCCAAGCACAACAGAUGGAGCAGAUCACCGCCGACGCGAAUUCGAAGAGGCGGAUACAUCCCGGCACCAAGUCCGAGGACAUGGCUGCCGGGCCGCCGCUGGUCCCCCUAGGCGAGCUCGACUCGGCCUUCCAGCUCCAGGAACACCUCGCGGCGCUGCACUACCAUCACACCGAGUCCGAGACGACGCCCAUAACCCGAGCGACUGCUCUCCAGCUAGCUACGCCCCCCCCGGGCGUCGACCGCACGCUAUGGCUCUACGAACUCUGCCGCUUCCUGAUCGCCCAGUGUAACAGACUGAUAGUCGGCUUCCUCUUCGACACGCCGCCCUGCUCCUCGGCGACGUGUCCCGAGAUGCGCGCCUCGGAGUGGCAGUUUUUGUGUGCCGUCCACGACCAGCCAAAGAGCUGCUGCGCUAUCGACUACUGCUGCCACACUCUCGACUGGGCAGCAAAUAUAGUUACCAGUCACAAGAUCUUCCCCAGCAGGUUUGUAGUACUGUCGGACGGCCACGACAAGAGUGCCGCGCUAAAGAACCUCGUCAACGUAUUCCGCCGGCUCCAUAGGAUAUUCGCGCACGCGUGGUUCCAGCAUAGAGGCGUGUUCUGGUUGGUUGAGGCUCAGACGGGCCUAUAUGCGUUCUUCAAAACCGUCUGCGACAUGUACGACCUUCUGCCGGCCGAGAACUACAAGCUCCCACCGGAGGCUGAGGGCCUCGAACCGGUGCUGCCCGAGAGGGAAGAGAAGAAAUCCGUGGUGACCGCCAUCGUCAAGCCGCUGUCGCAGCAGCAGCACGAGGGCGCCGAGUACGACGACGAUCGGCACGGCCUACAUUCCCGCCGGAGCAAUACGGCCAGACACUCAAGCCGGCCGUCAACCGGCAGCGCCGUCACGACCGUCAUCGAGGAGCGGGAAGACGAUCAAACGAGCGUCGCCAACAGGCUCAACGCCAUGCACAUCUCGGCCCCCGAGACGGUCGAGGAGGAGUCCGAGGUCGAGGUGCCCGUCAUCGUUGAGGGCGAUUUCGGCGAGAAUCCUCCUACAGCUCGGGUGGCAAGCGAGCCUCGAGCCGUCGAGCACGACGCCGGCGCGCCGCCCCAGGGCGUGAAUGUAAAUGCGCAGAGGGGCAUACUCGUGGAGCUCGAGGCCCGCGAUGAAGACGAAAAGGAGCCGCGCGAGGGCGGCCAAGAUGCCGCCCCUCCGUUGGACUCGGAGUUGGACGUCGAGGGAAAGAUCUUGGAGCCGGCCACGGCGGCGGCGGCGGAAACGCCGGUGGAGGGCGUCGCGGGAACCGAGCCGAGCGCGUCCGAGUCCGCGAAGCCCGCGGCGGAAGCCCGCGGAGAGGAAGUCGUGGGAGCGGAGAAGGCGGGAACGGCGGAGGUGGAGGCGGAGGCGGCGGAGCAGGCGGCUGCCGAGGAAGAAGACGGGUCGGGGCCGGAGAAGAAGGCGAGUACGGAAUAG